AUAUGUAGCACACACCUUUCACAUUAAAUAAAAAAACAUAAAAUGCAAUGAAAUUAAAUUAAACCGUUUUGAAAAAGCCUUUAUUUAUAGAGUUUGCACGUAUUGUUACUGUUCACAUUAUUCUGUUAUCGUCCGAAUAAAAUAAAACAUGAUGAAACGUAAAAAAACAGCCAUCGCGUCCAAUCAAAGUUUAGCUGUCGUGUCCAUGAGGUGAAAGGUAACUACGGCGAGCGAAGGCGCUCAGAAAGAGCGGCGCUGAGUAAACACCAGCAGGAGUUCACUGUUACUCCACUGUGCGUGAACAAAUAGAGCGAAUAUUCACCCGCCGGCCGUGAUUCAUAGCAGGUAAUUUGUAUAACUCAAUCAAUGUGAUUUUUGAGCUGUGCCUGCUGUCAUUGGUCAGCUGUUUAUCAGAAGUAACGAACGGAGCCGUGUCUUGUUCUCGCGAUAACUCCCCGCACCUCGUGAUUUCAGUGUAAUGAGAUUGAAGGAAAGGUCUGGGCAGCUGAGACCCUGGAGCUGGUUCCUGCUCUGCUCCAGCUGUGUGCUGACCGUGUGGGCCCACGGGGGACCGCAUGGAGAACCGGCUGUGCCUCCACCCAUCACCCGGCUGGACAGGAAUAUGGUUCAGGAUAAAGACCAUAUCAUGGAGCAUUUAGAAGGGGUGGUUGAGAAGCCCGAGUCGGACAUGACGCCGCAGGAGCUGCAGCUUCACUACUUCAAGAUGCACGACUACGAUGGCAACAAUCUCCUGGAUGGCCUCGAGCUCGCCACUGCCAUCACUCACGUCCACCGAGAGGAAAGAGGAGAAGACAGCCAGCCAAUGAGGGAAGAGGAUCUCAUCAACCUCAUCGACGACGUUCUCCGAGACGAUGACAAGAACAACGACGGCUACAUUGACUACGCGGAGUUCGCCAGGUCUCUGGAGUGACGGACGUCGGGGAGAGCCGCCGCCUUACUGUGAACGCAGAUUACCUCUGACGGACAGAUCUCCGGCACAUUCCUUCACGCGCGUGAGAUUUCACGGGCACAGUAUAUUCGUGCUCCGGUGUAACCUGUAUAAAAAAACGUCAUGCAUUGAAGCGGUGAGGGUCUCGACGAAGUGACAUCAAGUGUUUGUCUCGUCAGAACGGACCAUAAUGUACAAACUGCCAACUUUAUCCACUGUAAAUGAGCGUAAAUUAUGUUAUCAUCAAAUAAAUGCUUAGCGGUGACCCUUUCCUGCAAA